AUGCAAUCCCACCACCAACAACCCCCCCAACCCCCCAAACAAGCCGCCUACAACCAAGCCAGUAACCCCGUAACCCACACCCCCUCCGAGCAACGCAUCCCCCAGAACCAAUCCUCAUCCCAAUCCCAAUAUGACCGCCUCCCCCGUCACCGUGGCGACGCCCUGCCCUCCAUAACCCGCAACGCCGUCUCCCAACCCUCCAACUCCCAGGACCAAUCCACCAAGCACCAAGCAUCCCAGCAAACCAUGCGCAACGCCGGCGAAACCCUCGACACAGAGUACGGGGUUGAGCAGCAGCCCGCAGAAGGGGAUAUCGCGCACGCAGUGCAGAGCAAGUCGGCGGAUGCGCGGGCGAGAGCACAAGCCGGGGCGCAUGCCGGGGCGGUAGGCAGCGCCGAGGGGCCAGGGGCGCCGGGGUACGAGAAGGGGGAAAUGGCGGAUUUGGACCAGAAGAGGGAGAUGCACGAUAGGAUGUUGGGGGAUCGGGUGGGACAGAGCCCGGCGGAGCCGGAGGGGGAGACGGAGGCGGUCCGGAGGAGGAAGUUGAGGCAGGAUGAGGAGGUGGAUGUGGUGGGGGCGGCGAGUAGGGGGUCCGCGGGGAAGGUUGUUUGA